AUGGAUGAAAUUAUUAGUGACAAUGAAGACAAUGAUGAAGGUUCAGAAGGAUCUACUUCAAAAAAAGGCAGAAACACUGCAAGUAUGCGGGAGUACUAUUGUUACAAGUUCCAGAUACGGUCGAAUGAUAAUGUGAUUUUGAUGGGAGGGAGAUUGUUCCAGAAGUUUGCAGUAGAUACCUAUAUAAAGAUUGAGACUACACGUUUGGUUUUUGUUGAAAAGAACCAAACCAAAAUUAGAGCUGAUUUAUACCAGGGCAUUGUUGAUUGUUUUAAUGCCGGUGAGGCUCAACCAAGUAGGGUUGGACAGAGAGUUGUGUUACCUGCAAGUUUCAUUGGAGGUCCACGUGACAUGCGCCGAAGAUUUCUGGAUGCCAUGGCUUUAGUUCAAGAUGAUGGGAGGCCUGAUAUAUUUCUUACAAUGACUUGCAACCCAAAAUGGAAAGAAAUCGAUGAUGAGUUAUUGCCUGGACAGUCAGCUCAAGAUCGACCGGACCUUGUUGCAAGAGUUUUUCAUGCUAAGUUAGAGGAUCUCAAGGUACAAUUAUUGCAGAGACAUAUAAUCGGUGUGGUGGGGUCAUAUGUGUAUGUGAUAGAGUUUCAAAAGCGUGGAUUGCCACAUGCACAUUUCCUCUUAAUAAUGACCCCUGGAUAUAAGAUGAAUAAUCCAGACGAUUAUGACAAACUUGUGUGUGCGGAAAUUCCCGACCCAAUAAGGUUUCCUGAAAUGCAUGAUCUUGUCAAAAGUCACAUGAUGCACGGUCCCUGUGGUAGCUUACGAGAAAAAAGUCCGUGUAUGCAGGGUGUGCCAAAAAUAUGUCGUUUCAGAUAUCCUAGGCAAUUCAAUGAAAAGACAUCACAAGGAGAGGACUCAUAUCCAUUAUAUAGAAGGAGAAAUAAUGGAAUUGAGGUUACUGUAAGAAAUACAUCAUUGGAUAACAGAUGGGUGGCUCCAUACAACCCGAAGUUGUUAAUGAUGUUUAAUUGUCAUAUCAACGUUGAGGUUUGUUCGAGUAUAAAGUCUGUGAAGUACCUCUUCAAAUAUUUUUAUAAGGGCCAUGACAAACAAGUUAUCCAUAUUGAUAAAGACCAAGAAAAUGUUGUUAUUAAUGAGAUAAAAAAGUUUCAAGACGCACGUUAUGUGUCCCCUCCCGAGGCAUUAUGGCGAGUUUUUAGCUUUCCUCUAUCAAAAAUCCACCCUUGUGUGCUGGCGUUGCAAAUACAUCUCCCGAAUCAACAGUUGGUUAGGUUCAAAGACGUUGACAGAAUGGAAGACAUUGUUGAUAGAGAGAAAGAAAAAGAUUCAAUGUUGACGGCAUUUUUCAAGAAGAAUAAAGAAGAUUCCAAAGCGAGAGAAUAUUUGUAUAAGGAUUUUCCAAAACAUUUUACAUGGAAUCGGGGCAACCAUUGUUGGAGGACCCGCGCACAUAAAUCAAUGGUGGGUCGACUUGUUUAUGCUAAUCCAGCUGAAGGAGAGAGAUACUACCUACGCCUGCUUUUAUGUCAUAUCACCGGGCCUACCUGCUUUGAAGAUUUAUACACAGCCAAUGGUGUAUUACACCCUACAUUUCGAAAAGCAGCUCUCGAAAGAGGUUUAAUAGAGACGGAUGAUAAAUUAUCACAGUGUCUUGAAGAGGCUUCCUUAUUUCAAUUUCCCAGCGCACUUAGAAGGUUAUUUGCGACGAUGCUGAUUUUUUGUGAACCAGGAAAUGUUCGCAAGUUAUGGGACGACCACUAUGAUUCUCUUUCUGAAGAUUACAGGAAACAAUAUGGAUGCGCCGAGCGAGUGCAAAAUAUGGUCCUCAUCGACAUUAGAGUCUUCCUAGAAUCUAUGAGUAAAAAGCUUAGUGAUUACGACCUUCCAAAGGUCAGUCCACACAUCGAUUUACAAUCAAGAGGCUAUCGUGAGGUGCAAGAAGAAUACUCUAUAAAUGUGGAUUAUGAAGACUUACAUGCGCGAGACUCUCUCAAUCCAGACAAGAAGUUUGCAUAUGAUGAGAUAAUGAGGCAUGUGGAUCAAAAUAUCCCGGGUGUCUUCUUCAUAGAUGGUCCCGGUGGAACUGGAAAGACAUUUUUGUACAAAGCUUUGUUGGCUAAUAUUCGUGCUCGUGGUCUUAUUGCACUUGCAACUACCACGUCAGGUGUUGCAGCUAACAACAUGCCAGGAGGGAGAACAGCUCAUUCACGAUUUGGAAUUCCGCUCAAUCUUGAUAAUAACUCGAUGUGCAAGAUCACUAAACAAAGUGGGAAGGCUCAGGUACUUCGCGAGGCAAAGGUAAUCAUAUGGGAUGAAGCAGCAAUGGCUAAGAGGCAGGCAGUAGAAGCAGUUGAUCGCACAAUGCAAGACAUCACAUAUGAGAAGCUCCCUUUCGGUGGAAAGAUAAUGGUUAUGGGAGGUGACUUUAGACAAGUGUUACCGGUCGUGAGAUGUGGCACUCGAGCACAAAUUGUUGACUCUAGCUUACGAAUGUCACCUCUAUGA